AUGAACUUAUUCCUCGUCGGUAUCGCCGCGGUGUUGACCUGUGUCGCCAAUUACGCCAUCGAAGCGCCCAUACUGUUUGCCAAUAAGGAGUUAUUUGCAGCUGGUAACUUGAUGAAAACUGUGGCCUACCUGGGCACUUGGAUUGGUGGUGUGACCUUCACGGGAUCUCUUAUCGCAUUUGGCAAACUUCAAGGAGCUGACAUGCCGGUGGUGAUAACUGUCCUGAACAGUUACUCGGGCUGGGCUCUGUGCGCGGAGGGCUUCAUGCUGAACAACAGUCUUAUGACAAUCGUGGGCGCUCUCAUCGGUUCCAGUGGUGCUAUCCUCUCCUACAUAAUGUGCCGAGCCAUGAACCGAUCUCUGCCGAAUGUCAUUAUGGGCGGUUAUGGCACCUCCUCGUAUGCUGGCGGUAAAGCUCUAACCGCGACUGAGGCGAAGGAUAUUAUUAUAGUGCCAGGUUAUGGGCUUUGUGUGGCCAAGGCACAGUACCCGCUGGCAGAACUAGUUAAAAUUCUGGGCAAACAGGGCAAACGUGUCCGCUUUGCUAUUCAUCCUGUUGCAGGUCGCAUGCCCGGCCAGCUAAAUGUCCUGCUUGCUGAGGCUGGGGUCCCCUACGACAUUGUCCUGGAGAUGGACGAGAUCAAUCCGGACUUCCCGAAGGCGGACCUCGUGCUAGUUAUCGGUGCCAACGACACCGUUAACUCCGCAGCAGAGGAAGAUCCGAACUCUGUCCUGGCCGGUAUGCCCGUCUUGCGUGUGUGGCUAUCGAAAAAGGUCAUCAUGGUUAAACGAUCCCUCGGUGUUGGCUACGCUGCCGUGGACAAUCCC